CAGUGUGUUGUGGACCGCGGUGCAGUGAGGAAUUCGAACGCGUUGCAGUUGCUCUCGACCAUGUGUUUAUGUUUUUAUUGACAUCUUACGUAACAGUGACAUCCUCGCAUCCCUAAUCACCGGAACGGCUCUGCGAGCCAGUGAUUCCCCCCCGCAAGUGUUAUUAUUAAUUUGUGCCUGCCCGUUUUUGCGUUGAUUAAACAAUUUUUUUUUGUGUUUGUCGUGCGUUCUUGUGAUUUUGUUUUAUCCGUAUUUUAGUUUUGGAUUUUACCCCGUCGCAUGGACUCCUCCUCCUAAGGAGUUUGCAUUUGGAGUACCCUUAUUUACUAGAUGGAGUUUCCAGUCCAGAGGAACGUUUAAGGUAAUGCUGCUCCAGAAAAUUCUUCAUUUUGGAUGGGAAUGAACUUACUGACGCUCAUAAUUUCCGUGGAAUGGCACGAGCUGGCAUGGCGUUGAGGAGAGGAACGAGCCAUGGAAAUCCUGAAGGAAACGACGACGUGCAGCGGUCCAUCGAGCUGCUCGACAGGGUCUUGUCCGAAUUCGACGACGUGGAAAACGCGAACCAAGUGCAGAACAUACAACAAAUUACGACGUCGACGUCGACGCCGCAGCUGAGGCAAGUCAGCGCUAACUCGACCACCGGCAACGUAUCAUCCACUCCAGACGACGAGAGCCCUUCUCUUGGUCAUCAGUCAGAGGAUGACGGUUACAUGAGCAUGAACGGCCGCAAACCUAAGUUCAACUUAGCCUUCAAGCCUCUGGCUGAAGUGCCUGUCCAUCACGAGAAUGCCUCACAGUCUCCCACAAUUAUGCAUCCUGGGGACCCGGACGACUUUCCGCCGCCGCCGGAGGAGGCGCAGAGGCUCAUAGCCACGUUAUUGCCUAAGGUUUCUCCAGCGCACAAGCCAAAAAACACCACUAAUUCAAGUAGAAAUCGGCAGUUUCCAUUAACGCAGUUACCGGCCCGAGUAGAAACGAUACCACCACCACAGAAGUUCCAAAAUAAUGAGUAUACGCCAAUCAUAAACGGUUUACCCGAUCCAAUACAUACUGCCACGCAGACAACGUUGCCAAAAACGAGACAUCAGCGUCCAUAUGGUUGGGAAAACAACGAUUUUACCUUAAAUCCUCCACCACCACCUCCUGGGUACCGUUUCGGGAGCCUUCCGUUUCAACACGGCAUUUAUCCUCUCACGUCGCCUACUCGUGUACCUCCAAGGACCAUCCCCACUGCUUUAGAACGUCAUCGGGAAGUGAAGAGACGUAGCAGCGAAGACAAUCUUUCUAGUGACUUAGAAGGGUCUGCUUUGAGGCCUUUAAGUGAGUUAGCUGACGAUGAACAUUUCUCCGAUGAUUCCUUAGAAGAAAUGUUACCGCCCCCGCCCCCAGUGACCAAUAAGCGCGCUAGCAUCGCUUGGGAGGUGCCAUUAGACGACGAAGCCCUCCUCACGCCGGGUAGUACCAAAGUCGUCGGUAGAAGACGAAGGAAAUCCGGCUCACACUCUAGCACUAGUUCGAUACCGAAUAGACUAAAAGAACUAGAAGACUGGCCAGAUCCGCCUCCAUGCACCACGGAGGACGAGGUCACAUCACCGUUUUCUGAUUCCGAUGAUCACGUGAUAUUGCCACCGGAACUCAAUUCAGAUCAUUUAUCAGGAACUAGCACCUACAUAGUAAGAAGAGGGAAGAAAGAUAGAAAGUCUUUAGUCAAUAUGGGAAGCUCGGUCAAUUCGAAUUCAUCGCUCAAUUCAAGACUGAGUUCCGACUUGAGCAUCCCUGCGUCUCGGUUCAGUACAGAUCUGAACUGCCGGUUGAGUCGAGAUUUAAACACUCCGAGUUCUAGAUAUAGUGUAGAUUUGAGCACGCCGCAUUCGAGACUCAGCCAAGAACUCAAUUCUCCCAAAUCUAGGUAUAGCUUAGAUUUGAAUAAUUCGAGACAUUUGAGUCAGGAAUUGAGCAGUUCGCCUUCAAGGCUUAGUGUUGAUCUUUCUAGUUCUAGAUCCAGCACGCCUCAGAGUAAGCAAGGGAACGAGUUCAAGAAGCACAGCACCACGUUCGAUAACAUUAAGUCGUUAAUUAAAGAAGGAGUUAUAGAGAGCUAUAACUCUCCACCUGUUGAGUGUACCUCCGAUUUAAACCCACUUGUUCCUCCCAUUGUAAGAGUAGUUUCGCUACCCAGUCUGAAUGCCGACGAGUAUCCGCCGCGCCGCGAAUUAGACGUCACAGUAGAAGAAGAAGAAGACGGCGAGACUUCACAAGAGAGUACUGAGAUUUCACCAUUGCGCCAGAUCGAGCAAAAUAUCACCGAGUUGCUCGAACGACGCGAUAUCGAAAUAAUUCAACAAGACGAGAAGUGUUUGCUAAACGGAAUGGAAUCUAUAACUAGAAAGGAAAGAAAGGAGAAGAAGAAAGCUCCGACCAAGCCCGCAAGGGAAUCGAAAAAGGCGCACGACUUGCAAAAAUCGAGCAGCCACAAUGAGAUACAGCGUUCUGAAGACUAUUACCGGCAGUUGUUGAUCGAAGGCAGUACUCCGUUUCCGAAACGAAACGGCAUCCAGAAAUCGGAAAGUGCGAAAGAAAUGCUGAUUGCGCACCGAGAGAACCGGCCUUUGCCCACGUCCACUUCGGCCGAUUUCCCAGUGCGCGUGGAAGUCCUUCAACACGAAUUUCCACCUCUGCCGCCUUCCCCGGUGGAAGAAGACGAGGAUGAGUACUCCGAAAUCGUCCAUCCGCUCGAAAAGACUAGGGCAGAUACUCUGCCCGCAAGUAGUGAGCCACCUGCAGUGCCUCCACAUCGCGAUCCCGUAACAAAUAGCUUAAAAACACGUUCGAUGGACGCGAAUUACAGUAGAGGUAGACGAAAUAAUUUCUACAGCUCGUCUAGCAGAAACAUUCCAUCUGAGAGACGCACUUUACCAAUGGAACUACAAGAGUCGAAGCGAAAGCCGUUCCAGAAGCGGUCUUCGCACAGUCCUCAGGAGGAGCAUCACCUCCAGACUUCUUGCAGUCUGCCGGAGACACCGAUAUUUGCGAGGGGAUGCGAUAUCCCGAGGACUCCUCACAGAAGAGCGCCGGAUGUACCUGGAGGGAAUCAGACGGCACCGAGACAGAGCAACACGAUAGGAAGCCUGAACACGAUAGGGAACGUUUCGACGGGAGGGUACAGGAGGGGCUUGUCUAAUCCGGGUCUUGAGCAAGCUGUAAGAGGAGCCGAGAUGUUGAGAUUGGCGGGAGGACCGGGGAGGGGUUGGUAUCCCAAGCAGAGACAUCGAAGGCCUGCUUCUAUCGAACAUCUGGAUAGAAUGGCGUCAGGUCAUAAUCCUUGGGAGUCCAACAGAAAACCUCUUACUCUCCCGCCGAAUUUAACGCCCAAGUUCUUCCAGAGGUCACCGAGAGAUGCGUUGCGAAGAGUUACCAGUUUACUCAUACGAAAAGGAAACAAUGGAAAAGAACCACGGAAAGAAAAGGAAGUCGUUUCGCCCACAAUCCACGAAAAUGCUAAUGGAGAAGAGGUGCAGAAGAAAAAGGGAUUUUUUAAGAGCUUCUGGAAACGGUCACGGCAUUACUCUUUAGAGCAGCAAUAAAGUGGUCUCUCCCUUUCCCCGUAUAGAAACAAAUUUACCUAAUUAGUUUUUGUGUACAUUUUAUAUAACAAUAAUUUAAUAAUUCUAACCGAUUAGUAUUACUAUUUGUAUCGCUAACAAGAAAAAGAGCACUUGAUCCUAAUAUUACAUAGUUGUAGAUAUUUUAACUAAUUUAUUACAUUAUUAUGUGUAACAAAAACCAACUUUAGAGUUCUGAUUGUAACGAUUCGUACUUUCUUUGCAUUUUCUUUUUUGUUGUAUGUUUUGCUUUCAGAUGUAUAAUUGUACAUUAGUUUUAUUUAUAAAUUUUAUUUUUAUCUGUGUGUUUUUGAUUUAAUAAAGUUUAUUUAACGAUAA